AUGGCCUUCUCGCUUGGACUCCGCUUGCUCCUUCUCGCCCUGACCCUCGCCGCAUCGCUUGUGGGAUGCUAUUACAAGAGCUCGACGAGCUUCAACGCCACACUCGGCCGCAUCGAAGCAGAGUACCGCUCUUCCGUCAGCACCUGGAGCAAGGAUGCUCUCUUCCCCGACUUUGAUUUCAGCUCCAAAGCACUAAACUGUCUCGUGGUGCGGAUGCGCCACCCAGCCGUCGAGCUCCUCAAACUGUCGCCAUACAACAACGCAGAGCUUACAGCAUCCUUUCAGGCGCUGAGAGAACGAUCCCGUGAAGUACGAGAGCGCUUGGCGGAAUUGGACGUCAACCUCACGGCUCUGCACCGUCGAAACUAUGCAGCUUUUGCCGAGGCCGAGGCCAAGCUGGUGCAGGCGUAUAUGGAUGUUGUCCGAGCAUCUGCAAAAGUGGAUGCAAGGUGCACGGCCUGGGCCGGACCAGCACGCAACUCGACCUUCGGCCUUGUCCACCGGGUCCACGAGCAUCGGCCCUCUCGCCUCCAACGUGUCCUGUCUACGCUGUGCUCUUUCACGACACUCCCCAAGCGGCACGCAUAUCCGAACCACGCUGCCGAUUUAACCAACACCGACAACAUUGUGGAUGGUCUCGUCAACGCCCUCGUGGCCAAUGUUCGAAGCGAGUCGCUCGCCCUGGAGCCGCACCUCCACGCGCUGGUAUCUGCGUACCAUGUACUCUACCGCGAAGCCUGGACGCUCUUCUUCGCGGCCGACUUCCACUGGAACCGCAAACGCCUCGGUUUGUUCGUCUGUCUCUGGCACACGGGGUCGACGGUGUGCACUCCGCUGUCACUGGAACAGCGACGUCAGAGCGCUGAGUGGAAGGACAUGUUGGGCGUUCUGCAGGGCCUGAAAGACGUGCGCGAUGAGGUCUUGAUGGCGCUGGUGGAGGUGAGGAGGCUGCGGGAUGACGUGGCGUAUGCAGGGGAGACAUUAGCCAAGGUGAAGGCAUGGGAGAGGGGAGGGCAGCCAGGGCGCAGGCUCGAGAGGGUAGUGACAGUACUGAGGCGCCUUCUGAUGCUGCAGUGUUCGACUGAUCCAGCGGAGUACCAGGAGGUCAGACCGUAG